AUGUUUAUAAGCCGCCGAUUUCUCUCACAGUCUGUACUGCUAGUUCAGGGAUCGUGUACAGGAUGCCCUAGUUCUUCAAUCACAUUGAAGUCAGGGAUUCAAAACAUGUUGCAGUUCUACGUUCCGGAGGUGAAAGAGGUGGUGGAAGUGACUGACGAGUCUGACGAUCUGGUUCAGCGAGAACUGGAAAAGUUCGAGAAAUCUAAAGGUCUCAUUGACUGA